AUGACGAAACUGGAACAGAUGCAACGGGUCGAAUCCUGUGGGGUUGUCGCCAUCAUUCGUGCGAAUAGCUCCGCAGAAUUAAUUGAGGUUGCAGCAGCAAUCAAAGCGGGUGGUGUCGACCUGAUUGAAGUGACGAUGACAACACCGAAUGCGUUAAGCGUUAUCAGUGAUGUCGCCGCACGAUACGGUGAUGAAGUGCUAGUAGGUGUGGGGUCGGUACUCGAUGCCGAAACCGCGCGGGCAGCAAUGCUGGCAGGUGCGGAGUUUGUUGUCAGCCCUGUGACAAAACCGGACGUUAUUGAAAUCUGCAAUCGAUACAGUAAAAUCGUAAUGCCGGGUGCAUUCACGCCGACGGAGAUUUUGGCUGCAUGGGAAGCCGGGGCGGACUAUGUCAAAGUUUUCCCAUCAAGUGGUGUGGGACCAAGCUACAUCAAAGAUGUGAAAGCACCGUUGCCGCAUAUACCAAUGAUCCCCACCGGGGGUGUGAGUCUUGAUAACGCCGGGGAAUUCAUCAAGGCAGGUUCAGCCGCGCUUGGCGUUGGCAGCGCACUCGUCAACAAUCAGGUAAUCGCUGAUAGACGAUUCGAUCUCCUGACUGAGAAAGCAGAAAAUUUUGCCUCCGUUUUUCGAGCGAAAGAGGAAUUCACCAACCGCACCGUUGCGAUCAAAGUGUUGCCCAAAUCAAUCUACCCCACGGGACGGAUGCGUUACCUGCUUACCGAGUUGAGUGCGAUGGGACGGAAUUGGGGACAUUCCAACAUCGUUUCCAUCCAUACCGUUGAACCCGGCGAUGAUGAAUACGUUGCCUACAUCGUCAUGGAGUACGUUGACGGUUCCAGUUUGCGUCAGUUAAUCACUACGACACCUCUUCGCCGUAAUCUAGCAAUCAAUAUUGCGCUUGAUAUCUGCCGAGGUCUUAUUGCCGCUCAUGAACAGAACAUUAUCCACCGAGACAUCAAGCCUCAGAAUAUCUUGCUGACUACUGACCAAAUAGCGAAGAUUUCUGACUUCGGCGUUGCACGUAUCCUUGAAGCAAGCACCGACUAUGCGGGAACGAUCACCGGCACACGAAGAUACAUGGCACCUGAACAGUACGAAGGAAAUUACGACUAUCGGGUGGAUCUCUACUCAACAGGGCUGAUCCUCUACGAAAUGUUUAUGGGGAAAUUCCCAUUUCGAGGAAAGACGCAAGAUGAAAUUCAGGUAAGAAAACAGAGCGAAGAAAUUGACUUCGACUACAAACUGCCUGAAGAUAUGCGUGAGAUCUUACAGAGAGCAUUGCAUCGAGAUAUGCAGACUCGGUAUCAAACCGCCUCAGAAUUGUAUAAUGAUUUGAAUUAUAUCCGUAAAAAAUGGUAUGCGGACGCCGUGCGGCAUACAAUGACAAACCAAUCAAAUCCAGCGAUACAAGGCGCAAUGUUAUCCGAACACAGAAAGGAUUUACGCCUUUCUGCCGAGGCGGCAGAGAAAAUUGAAUCGGAGAUAUCUGAAGAACAAAAAGUAAAAGUAGAGAAACAGGCCCAACUUCAACUUGAAACACAAGUCAAUCUACACUACGAUAAAGCCGUUCAACUCAUCGGUGGCACACAGUCACAACAGGCAUUGCAAGAAGUGCAACAGGCACACCGCCUCUACUUGAGUAGUGUAAAAGCAACCAAAAAAGCGGAUUGGAUAUUUCGGCAUUUAUCGGAUUUGAUGAUUCCUCCCCAACCACCUUCGACAGCAACAGAAAUGAUUGGGUUAAUUGACCAGUUGUCGGUCAGCGAGGUCUCGGAACUCAGAGCCUGGUUUAACAAUCGUUCCUCUUCUAAUGGUGACUCCACCGAUGUGCCUCCCCCCGUAGGUUCAGGUGCACUUCCUACAGACACCGGCACCGGUUCUGAUCUGACAUUUCAACCGCUCAAUCCACAGGAGACUGCCCCGGAAUUUGUGCUGCGAAAACUCCAUGAGGUGGUUCAGGCUCCCCAUGAGAGGAUUGCCGCCCAGAAAAUGCCCGUGUCGAAGGAGAUCUUAGUCUAUCCUACGACUAUUGUGACAGAAUUUUAA